GUGGGGGGGGUGUGGGGGGGAUUUUUUCCGUGACGGAGACAGAGAGGAAAUCCAGUCAGGAGGAGGACGGGGGACAUUAAACGAGGAAAGAAAAAGGGGGGCAGGAGGAAUAAGACAAGGCAAGGGGACUCAGACUAAGAAGGAGGAUGGCUGAGCCGGAGCUGAAAUCACGGAGCAGCCGGGAGAGCGUUGCGAAGGCAGCGAGCCAGGAGAAGAUUGGAGCAGACCAAAAUCACGAUGGUCUGAUUGUCGAGCAGCCGGCAUCUCCAUCUACCUCCAUGGUCCCCGAUGCCACCGCCACGAGCCCAACCACCGGCUCGCCGGCCAAAGGGGAGAAGAUCGUGCUCAAACGCAGCAUCACCCUCUUCAAUGGCGUGGGGAUGAUCAUAGGCACCAUCAUCGGCUCUGGCAUUUUCGUCACUCCAACGGGCGUGGUCAAAGAGACGGGCUCGGCCGGGCUCUCCCUGAUCAUCUGGUCCGCCUGUGGGGUGAUCUCCACCAUGGGCGCCCUGUGCUACGCGGAGCUUGGCACUACCAUCACCAAGUCGGGGGGGGACUACACUUACAUCCUGGAGGUGUACGGCGAGCUGGCGGCUUUUUUAAAGCUGUGGGUGGAGAUGCUCAUCAUCCGGCCGUCCUCGCAGUACGUGGUGUCGCUGGUGUUUGCCACCUACCUUCUGAAACCGCUGUACCCGAACUGCCCCGUGCCCGACGGUGCAGCCAAACUCAUCGCCUGCCUGUGUCUGACCUCCCUAACGUUUGUGAACUGCAUCAGCGUGAGAGCGGCCACCAAGGUGCAGGACUUGUUCACGGCCUCCAAAUUGCUAGCCCUGAUCAUCAUCAUCAUCUUUGGCUUCAUCCAAAUAUCCACAGGUGAUGUGCCAUACUUAACACCAGAAAGAGCAUUUGAAGGCAGCAAACUGGGAGUGGACAACAUUGUCUUAGCACUGUACAGUGGACUCUUUGCUUUUGGAGGCUGGAAUUACCUGAACUACGUGACAGAGGAGAUGAUCAAUCCAGAGAGGAACCUGCCCCUGUCCAUCAUCAUAUCCAUGCCUAUAGUAACGGUGGUGUACGUUUUGACCAACCUGGCCUACUUCACCACCAUCUCUCCUGAAGUCAUGGUCGAGUCAGAGGCGGUUGCCGUGAGUUUUGGGGAGUACCAUCUCGGUGUGAUGUCCUGGUUGAUUCCUGUCUUUGUAGGACUGUCCUGCUUUGGAGCCGUCAACGGAUCCCUGUUCACGUCAGCGAGGUUGUUUUAUGCUGGAGCUCGAGAGGGUCAGCUCCCUGCUGCUCUGGGUUUGGUCCACACGGACCUCUUCACACCAGUACCAUCCCUCAUUUUCACAUGUUUGCUGUCCAUGAUGUACGCCAUCUCGCAGGACAUCUUCUCUGUCAUCAAUCUUUUCAGCUUCUUCACCUGGCUAUGUGUUGGCAUGGCCAUAGCCGGCAUGCUCUGGCUGCGUUUUACCAAGCCCGACCUCAGGAGGCCCAUCAAGGUGUAUCUAUUCAUCCCGGUGACUUUUGUCUUGGGAUGUGUCUUCAUGAUCGUGGUGUCCUUCUGGGCAGCUCCGUUCGAGUGCCUGGUAGGCAGCGGCAUUAUUCUCACAGGCAUCCCGGCGUACCUGCUGGGCUUCAAGUGGAAGAAACCUCAUGUGGUCCUGAAGGUGCUGGAAAUCUUCACCAUGUUGUGUCAAAAGAUCUUCAUGUCUGUUCCUGAGGAGAAGGAGCAACAAGAGGCGGCUGAAUAACCACAGCCUGAACCAGAUGAUGGACUCUUGGGUCAUGUUUCUGUCUGAACAUUUUGGAUAUGUGUGCAUUUAUUCACUUGUGAUUUGGCUGAAGCAAUUUAUUUCAAGACUUUCCCUAACCAGGCAUGUGACUAUGGAAGAAGUUGAUAGUAAUAAGGGCAGCUUAGCAUUUCUAAAGGAGGGCUUAUGUAUGACAAAUUAUGAAGGCAUAUCUAGUGAACAUUAAGAAUGUGCUAAAUGACCCUAAAAUAAGAGCAAUUAUGUGCUGCCCACACGGUGUUUGAAGCUGCAUUCAGAUACUCGAGUGGCUCGAGAAUACCCGGAAAAGUGCACAGAUAAGUAGCUUAACCUUACAAGACAUUUGACAAACACAACAUAGUUUCAGAUUGUUUACAGUUGCAUAAGUAUGAACGUUGCUGACCUGUGAGUUAAACAUGAUAGAUAAGGUUAAGUAUGGAGGAGGCAAUGAUUAACUAGCGCAACACUGAUUACAUUAUAUUCACGUUACUCAUAUUUGUGUUAUUUUUUUUUAUAUUGUAACGUUUUCUUUUAUUCAUUUGUAAAAAUGAAUCCACAGCCCUAGGUGAAAGCACAAGCUUAAGUGAGAUAAAUGAGUGUUUUUAAUAUUUGCUGAAGAUAUGUCGCUGUGAAGCAGGUCUCUUUCUUGUACCAUUCGCACAUUGAAUAAUGUCGGAGUCAUGCAGUGCUUGAAAUGUGAUGGUUUUUUUAUGAAUUGACCGUUGUUACCAGCAGCUGUUUGUAAGGCAUUAUCAUCAGAAACUGAAGACCUGCAUAGAUGUCUUUCUAGUUGUACUUUAAGAACUUCAUUGUAGUGUUCUGUGUUGUUUGGAUGAUUUACAUAUGCUAGUAAUUUUAGUAAUGAUAUCCUGUUUUUUGUUUUAUUGUCACUAUGAGACCAGAAUGAAUGUUGCAAAUUUAACGACAUCCUCUCUGUUUUUAUAUUUUACCUAUAAAAUCUUAAUUUUAAACUGGACAUGUGAGGUUUUUGAAAGAACAUUGUAAAUCUACUCAAACUCCCAGAGGAAAAAAGUCUCAGAGGGAAAUGGAGGAGGAUGGUUGAGAAUCCACAGAAAAAUCAGACAAUAAAGGUGUUGCAGCACUGUCAACUAAAAUAUACAUUUUCUGAAAUUGGAAGAUAAUCCAUUGGUCAAAAACCUCUCAGAGAAAAAUGAAAUAUUUUCCUUAAAAAAAUAAAGCAAAAGCUGUGCAGCAGAAUCUGCAAUAGUCUGGAUUUUGUAAGUUCUGGACUGAACUUCUAACAAGAAUUAGAAUUUGUAAAUGUAGUGUGAAUUUGUAUUAACCAAUACAACACCAACUAAUGACAAUAACACCAAUGAAGGCAGUUAAUGCUUACACUAAGUUGAGAAGCUGAAAUGAAAAUUUAACAAACAUUUGGAACAUACUGCACUUACACCACAUGCAUUUUAAAAAUAUGAAUGUAAAAUAGUAAAUCAUGUAAAAAAUGCUUCUUUUACUGGUGGUCAGAAUGAUGCAGUAGUUAAAUAGUUAAUGACUUAUUAGGCUCUUUGUGAAUAUCGGCAUAUCAACGCAAGUGGAAAGUAGAUAAGUACAUUUAUUAUAGUAAAUAUUGAAGUACUUGUAUUAUUUAUACAACAGCCAGAUAUAUACAAGCACAACCAUUUACAGUACAAUAAUGAAAAACAACUUCUGAUAACAUUUCAACACAGGAUGUUUAAAACCACACAUUGAAUCAUUGAUUGACUAGAACCCUUUGAAUAUUUUGCAUCAUGCACAACAUUCUGUAUCUCUGUGUACAAAGUGGUACGGUGUGUAUGAAGGCCCGUUUGCCUAAUAAAAGGGUUCUGGAGAAAAAGAUAUAAUGACAAUUAUAUUAUAAUAAUUUAAAAACAUGUCGGGUACCUGUGUCAAAUAUUGUAACUGUUGUUGUUUGCUGCCCAUGGACAGUACGUGUAACAAUAAACAUAUUUUUGUUCAAA